UUUUUCCUGCCAUCCUGGCGGCUGCUCUUGGUUGGGGGGCCGUCCCGCACUUAAAGCAAGAAGAUGGUGGCCGCAAAGAAGAUGAAACAGUCGCUGGAGCCGAUCAUCUCGAGGCUCCAACUGGUGAUGAAAAGCAGGAAGUACUUGCUAGGAUACAAGCAGACUCUGAAGAGGACCAGACAAGGCAAAGCCAAGCUGGCCAUCCUUGCCAACAACUGCCCUGCCUUGAGGAAAUCAGAAACUGAGUACUACGCCAUGUUGGCCAAAACUGGUGUCUAUCACUACAGUCGCAAUAAUACUGAAUUGGGCACAGCAUGUGGAAAAUACUACAGAGUCUGCACACUGGCCAUCAUUGGUCCAGGUGAUUCUGCUAUCAUCAGAAACAAGCCAGAACAGACUGGUGAAAAGGGAACCAUGCAGGAUUUUUCUGUAAUAAAGUGUGAAGAGGUUUUUAAAACGUUGUAUUUGUUUUAGCUAUUUAUUAUAUCUUGAUAUAUUUUUUUCUGAAGAUAGGUUAGACAAGACUUUGGGGGAAAAUAACAACUGUAACAUACUAGUUUCUAGUUGCUUGUAAGAUAUUUGAUUUUUACAAUUCCACACUAUUGCUUGGUAUGUGUAUGUGUUUGAGACAAAAUUCAAUACCUAGUUUUAACUAGUACUGCAA